CAUUGCUCCAUGAGUAAACCGAAACGAAGAAUGCUUGAGCACGCUAUAGGUCUAUGAUCACAUCACCCCCGCACGGAACGUUGGUUGCGGUGGUCCUUUCCAAUAGUCGUAGCGACGUGCACGCACCUAAGGAGUACCUCCAUGGUUCACGCAAGAUGGCAAAUUAAUCUGGUUAUUAUUUUAUCAACGAGCAUGGUUUUAUCUACCAAAAUAAAAACCAGGCGUUUCCUUUUCUUUGUCUAAGUUGUACAAGAAAUUAUAAUAGCCAGUUAUUGACAGCUAAACUGGUCGACACACGAACAACUGUAUACUGGGUUAAUGGUCCAGUCAUAUCUACUACUGUGACGGUAUAACAAUUGCAUACCCAAUGCCGGGAGAUAGGAAUUAGUACCACCUCCAUUCUCACUAUCCAACCCCCAUCCACAGAUCGAUAUGCACGAAGCAAGAACACAAUAGGGAAUGAGACGAAUGUCCGAAUUUUGUCAAAGUGUGACCAACACAAACCCUAAGUUAGCCGAUGUGAAGACUUUCUACGACCUCCAUUCCUGAAAGACGAUUGUACACCAGCAAACAAGCAGCUCCUAUACGAAAACUCCACCUUAAGGCAAUCGAUAUAGGUUUGAUCUACCUCCAUGGUUUGAUCAAGAGGAGGGAACAGAUGGUUUGAAGAAGCAAACACUCAACUACGAGAUUCAUACGACAUCAAACUCAUCCAGUCGAGUACAACAACAACAGCCUACUUCAAUCUUCUUAUUAGGUCAUACACGACCCUGCCCCCGUUUGGGGGGAGGGGGAACCAACUUUAAUGGCAUGGCGGAACCAGAACCAACCCCUCCAGUUGGUGCAGUCACUUUAACGAAAUUGCGAGCGAAAACACCAGAUUCAAUUCGAGUUCAUCCUUACAACCCCAAAGCCCACGGCGCUUCCAAAUAUGAGAUGGAACCAGAAACAAGACCUCCGAACUAUCGACCUGAUAAGAUGACAUAUUUCAAUAUGGCCAAGAGGAAGUUACACAUGCUGCUUCUGAGCCUAGUGGUCGGUGCCGUAAUUCUUGCAGUCUUUCUUGCAAUCAUCUUACUCAUCCACCACAAAAAUCAAACAGCAGCUGCUGAGACAACUCGAGAAGCUCUUCAACAAAGUUGACCUUCGCUGGAACAUGAAAAUAAAAACCAACAGCCAAAUUUCCUCUCAUUAGAAAAUAGACAUUUUAUUUUGCGUUUUUUUUUGUACAAAAUUAAUCAAAAGCAAUUUUAUAUUUAAUAAUUAACUUACUGACCAAGUCAUGGUGUUUUACGAUACAAGUAUCGAACCUUAAAGGUAUUAUACAGGGUUUGUCUAGCUGACUAAACAGUCAUAGUGUUAAAGAUCAAAGACCAGUCUUCUUACUUGGUGUAUCUCAACAUGUGCAUUAAGCAUGAAAUAACAAACCUGUGGAAAUU